AUGGACAGAAAAGGAGCAUAUGGUACUUCAGCUGCAGGUACAGAUUUUCGUAAAACAUGGGAUAAAAAAGAAUAUGAAGAAAAAGCAAAACAAAGAGAUGAAGAAGAAAGAAAUCGAAUGAAAGAAGUUGAAGAAUCUUUACAAAAUGGUAAAAAACCAAAACGAAAACUUAAAGAUGAUUUACCUAAACCCACUGAAUUAAUGAAACAAAGAGAAACACCAUUAGAAUUAACGAAAAAUCAAAACAAAACGAUGAUUGUACAAGGUAGUAUAAGAGGUCCAGGUGCACCUGGGUUUUACUGUAAUGUAUGUAAUCGAACUUCAAAAGAUUCUUCAUCUUAUUUAGAUCAUUUAAAUUCACGUUUUCAUUUAAGACAACUAGGACAAAAAACUCAAGUUGAAAGAUCUACCUUAGAUCAAGUUAGAGAAAAGAUUCAACAAUUAAGAACUUCUACUUUACUUUCAACUGAUUCGAAAUCUUAUGAUUUUAAAAGAAGAUUAAAUGAAAUUAAAGAAGCAGAAGAAUCGAAUCGAAUUAAUAAAAAAGCUAAAAAACUUGAACGUAAAUUAUUGAAAGAACAACAAGAACAAAAAGAUUUGGUGGGAAAAGAUGAUGUUGAGAUGUGUCAGUUGAUGGGAUUCUCGGGUGGAUUUAAGGCUAAGAAAUGA